CCAAUUAACCACUCAACUAAGUAUGAACUUGAGAUGAAGACUCACACUUGAAUUUGCCAAAGAAAUAACUAGGUAGGUUGGAGGCAGAAUUUAAGAAAGUAUAAUCAAUGGCAAUGUUUUACUACCAUAUAGUUCCUUUAACAAUAGGAUCAAUCAGGUGCAGUUUAAGAUCCUCAGUAGCAGUCUUGAUUACUUUAUUUGUCAUUGGUGUCAUCUACUUCCCCCGUGAAAAUGGAAGGCUGUAUGAUCAGAAAGAAGAUCUGUUGACUGAUGAUCAUACUAGUAAAUUUAGUCCUGAUCAAAAUCACUCAUCAGAUAGCUGUGAUUUAUUUUCAGGGAAAUGGGUUUUUGACAACAAGUCUUACCCUCUCUACAAAGAAGAAGAAUGCACAUUCAUUUCUAAUGAAAAUGCUUGCCAAAAGUAUGGCAGAAAGGAUAUCAAUUAUCGGCACUGGAGAUGGCAGCCUCAUCAAUGUAACCUCCCAAGGUUCAAUGGCACAGUUUUGCUUGAGAGACUGAGGGACAAAAGGAUGGUGUUCGUGGGAGAUUCGUUGAUUAGGGGGCAAUGGGUCUCUAUUGCAUGCCUUGUAAACAAAUUUGUACCUCGAGCCCUCGAAUCCAUGCACUUCAGCUUCAAUCACUCCCUGAUCACACUAAAAGCUGAAGAAUAUAAUGCUUCAAUUGAGUUCUAUUGGUCGCCAUUGCUAGUGGAAUCAAACUCAGACGAUCAAUGGAACCAUCAUUUUCCAGACCCAAUUGUAAGAGCACAGGCAAUUUACAAGCACGCUAGGCACUGGACUGAUGCAGAUAUACUAAUCUUCAAUACCUAUCUUUGGUGGAGAAGGCCUUCUAUGAACACGCUAUGGGGUUCAUUAGGAAGUGCAGAUGGAAUACUUAAAAGAGUAGAGAUGUUACGCAGCUAUGAAAUGGCACUGAAGACAUGGUCAGAUUGGCUAGAAAUCCAUAUUGACCGUAACAAGUCGCAAUUAUAUUUCAUGAGCAUGUCUCCGACUCAUAGAUGGGCUGAAGAAUGGAGUAAGAGUACCAAGGGAAAUUGCUACAAUGAGCAAGAAAUGAUCGAACAAGAAGGAUAUAGAGGAAGUGAAACAGACCCCAGAAUGAUGAGAAUUGUGGAGGAUACCAUAAAUGACUUGAAGAGAAGAGGCUUGCAAGUAAGAUUGAUGAACAUAACACAACUUUCGGAGUACAGAAAAGACGGUCACCCAUCAAUUUACAGGAAGCAAUGGGUGGCCUUAAGUGAAGAACAGUUGGCGAAGCCAACUAGUUAUUCAGAUUGUACACAUUGGUGUCUUCCCGGGGUUCCUGAUGUUUGGAAUGAACUCCUAUAUGCUCACAUUCUCACAUGAUUUAUUAAGAGAAGUAACUCUGAUCAAAUUUGACAAAAAAAUCGUACUUGUUUGAUACUUCAUUGUUCUAAUUUCUUCUGUUCUUAUAAUUAAGAAAUUAACCUCUUAAUAUUUAAUUUUUGAAUCACAAACUGGCACAAUCUUCGUAGGCAGCUAUUUGCGGAGAAUCAGGCAUGACAGCCUACAUUGUUUUUAUAUAUGUAAUAUGCUUG